ACUAUGAGAAACAAAAAAAUGAUAUAAAUUGAGUAAAAUUCAUUCUACAAUUCAUCUUCAUCAUGUUCGCGAAACAGAUUAUUGUAUUUCUCGCUUUAUGUGGAAUGUCUAUGGCUCAGAAUGGUAUGAGCUGUGGAGAUUGCCACCAUAUUGCUGAAAAAGUAAGCCAUGGUGCUAUGUCUGAUGCUGGUGUGAAUGCCACUAUGGAAUGGAUCCUAGAACCGGUUUGUGCGAUGGCACCGGCCGACUCUGACUGUACAGAGGAGUUUCCCGGAUUCUGGGUUGAAAUUGGAGGAGCUCUCUUUGAUGCUCAUGAAGGAGUCUUCUCUGCCCAACACCUGUGCCCAGAGCUUGGAUGCCAUGGUAGGAACACUCCCAAGAAAAUUGAAUGUAUGGAGUGCACAACCCGCCUGGGGAUGACCUUGGACCUGAUGACCGAUGAAGAGUUCAUCCUGUCUGCUGUAACUAUGGUUCAGGAAGCAAUCUGCUCCACUGCGGAAUGUGAGGAGGCUAUUAGUAUUGUUCUACCUAUUGCCCUGCCUCUACUGCAGGAGGACAGAGAAUGGGUUGAAGAUUUCUGUACUAGCUCCAUUCAUUGUGUUUAAUCUACUAAAAUACAGACAAUAAUGUUAA